ACAGGUGAGACCAAACCAAACCAAAGGAGAGCAGAGUAGAAGAAAGUAGCUAAUAACUUAUAUAAUAAUAAUAAUAAUGUUAAGAAAAAGGGUAGGUGAGGUUGAAGAAAACGGCAACGGUGGCCGAGGAUACACAGAAGAUGGCACAGUGGAUCUCAGAGGGAACCCCAUCCUUCGAUCAAAACGUGGUGGCUGGAAGGCUUGUUCCUUUGUCGUUGUGUAUGAAGUGUUUGAGAGGAUGGCAUAUUAUGGUAUAUCAUCCAACUUGAUCAUAUACCUAACGACGAAGCUCCGGCAGGGAACGGUAAGGUCGUCAAACAACGUAACGAAUUGGGUGGGGACCAUUUGGAUGACUCCCAUUCUUGGUGCUUACUUCGCGGAUGCCGUCCUUGGCCGUUAUUGGACUUUCCUCAUCUCCGCAGCCAUCUACCUCACGGGAAUGAGUUUACUCACACUAGCAGUUUCACUACCAGGGCUAAAGCCUCCCAGUUGUGAUUCUGGGACCAACUGCAAGAAAGCUUCCACCUUGCAACUAGCCGUUUUUUUUGGCGCCCUUUAUACACUUGCCGUUGGAACUGGUGGUACCAAGCCUAACAUCUCUACCAUCGGCGCUGACCAAUUUGACGACUUUGAACCGAAAGAGAAAGCCCAAAAACUAUCCUUUUUCAACUGGUGGAUGUUCAGUAUCUUCUUUGGCACCCUCUUUGCCAACACGGUUCUUGUGUACAUACAAGACAAUGUCGGAUGGACCCUCGGUUAUGGCCUCCCCACACUCGGCCUCCUUAUUUCCAUCUUGAUCUUCUUGGCUGGAACACCUUACUACAGGCACAAAGUUCCUACUGGCAGCCCUUUCACUAAGAUGGGUUGUGUCAUUCUUGCUGCCCUAAAGAAAUGGAACACACCCAUUCCUACUGACCCGAAAGAGCUCUAUGAACUUGACUUGACCGAGUAUGCUAAGAAAGGGAAAUAUAGGAUUGAUUCCACUCCCACCCUCAGGUUCUUAAACAAAGCUUGUGUUAGAACAGAAGGAGCUCCUUCAUGGAUGUUAUGUACAGUAACUGAAGUUGAAGAAACCAAACAGAUACUGCGAAUGUUACCCAUCUUGAUAGCAACAUUUGUCCCAAGCACAAUGAUUGCGCAGAUUAGUACUCUUUUCGUGAAGCAAGGAACAACUUUGGAGAGGAAAAUUGGCAGCUUUGAAAUCCCACCAGCCAGCUUAGCCGGAUUCGUGACCAUAUCCAUGCUUGUAUCAGUUGUGCUUUAUGACCGCUUCUUUGUCCGCAUAAUGGCAAAGUGGACCAAGAACCCAAGAGGAGUGACGCUCCUCCAAAGAAUGGGGACAGGCAUGGUUAUCCAUAUUAUUAUAAUGGUGGUAGCAUCCUUAACCGAUAGGUAUAGGCUAAGCGUGGCAAAAGAUCAUGGUGUGGUUGAGAGUGGGAAACAAGUGCCUUUGUCAAUCUUCGUUAUCCUUCCUCAGUUUGUAUUAAUGGGAGUGGCAGAUGCAUUUCUAGAGGUAGCGAAGAUUGAGUUUUUCUAUGAUCAAGCACCCGAAAGCAUGAAGAGUCUUGGGACUUCUUAUUCCAUGACAAGUUUAGGGGUUGGGAGUUUCCUCAGUAGCUUUCUUUUGUCCACAGUUUCUCAUCUCACCGAGAGGAAUGGUCACAGAGGCUGGAUUCUCAACAACCUCAAUGCCUCUCAUCUCGACUACUAUUAUGCUUUUUUCGCCGUGCUCAACUUGUUGAACUUCGUUUUCUUUCUAAUAAUGACUAAGUUUUACGUAUACAAGGCUGAGGUCUCAAAUUCUAUGAUCAUUCUUGAAGAAGAGCUCAAGUCAAUUACCGGUCAUGUGGUGGCUAAACAAGAAGCUGCAUCAAGAUUCAACUUAGCUUAAAGAUCCAGUUGUAGUAAGAUGCAUGUACGAAAGGACAAUCUUGCUUGUUGUAAAAUAUUGUUGUGCUUCUUUCUUUGUUUUGGUCAUCUUGAGCAAUGAGCAGUUUCAGGCCUUCCACGACAAAUUAAGCUUUCAGUCGUGGAAAUACUCAUAUCAAGAUUCUGCUUAAUUUAAAGAUCCGAUUGUAGCCAUUGUGGGAUCAUGCAUUUGAGAGUGUUGCACGUACCCAAGGAUGGUGAAUUGCAAGGAGAUGGUGGGUACAAGUAACUUUUUUUUUUCAUUUUCAUGGUUUUAAUUUAAUAUAAUAUGCAUUAAUAAUUUGUACAUUAUGUGAUUUAGUGACUUGUUUAGUUUUGAAUCACUUUAAAUGUUAUGUGAAAUUAGUGAAA